CCCGGUUGUCAGAUGUUAAACACAAUCCGAUUUCAGAUCCGUUUUCUUCACUUCAGGCUUCAACCUCCGACGAGCGAAAAUUCACCAGUGAUCGAAAUUUGAUCCGGCAGAUAUGGCAGGACUACUAGCAUGGGCGGCGGACGUAGUGAGAGCAGGAGGCGGCGCAACCAGUGAGGAAGACGAAUCCGAUUCGAUCCCUUUGAUAUUCAAUCCCGAACAGGAGAAGUACGUUAGGGAGUUGAACGUAAAAGCAGCGGCGUUGAGCCGGUCGGUACAAGACCUCCGUCAGAGAAUACCGCCGUCGGAUAUCUCCCAACGCCUCCCGGACCUCCACGCACAUUCCCUCGCCUCUAAUGCUGCCCUAGCCCUCCAAUUGAACGCUCACUCUUCUACCAAAGAACAGGCACAACUGCGAGAAGCUACACUGCUGGAAGAAAAUGCUGCAUUUGAAAAGGCGAUAUCAGAUUGUGAAAGUAAGAUACAAGACAAGUUGAGAGAAGCUGAUGAGCUUCGUGCUAAGCUAGAGGAACUGGAUGCAACUCUUACAACUGAGCUGCAAGUUGAACAAUCUACACAAGAUGACAACAAAUCUGGUGAUUCUUCAUUUAAAUCAAAAGCUGAAGCUGAAGCACAUACCACAGCUUCAAUUUCUUCCCUGAAGGAGAACUUAGAUAACAAGAAAAAGGAACUGGCUUCUAUGGAAGAGAUUGUUUACAACUUAGAGAGACAAUGGUCAAAGGUUCAAGAGGAGUCACUAAAGCAGCCUUCUCCAGCUCAACGAGAAAAGAUGUUGGAUAAACAACUUCACAGCUUAUUGGAACAAUUAGCUUCAAAACAAGGUCAAGCAGAAGGGCUAGUGGGUGAAAUCCAUUUAAAAGAAAUGGAAUUAGAGAGAUUAAAUGGUUUAUGGAGGAAAAUUGAAAUUAGUAAUAAUUCAGAAGCAAAUGCUACAAGAAAUAGAUUUGGAAGAAGUAAUUCUGAUUCUGAUAAAGAAAAAGAAAAAGGAUAUUUUUCAUCAUCAUCUGAUUAUAUUGUGGAUCCACGUUAUAAGGCAACAACUGGACGCAAUACUACUACUGAAGCCUAUUUACACAGACAAAUGCUACUCAGUCCAUAA